AACAGCCCCAGAAAUAGAGGGAAAGAAUAAUUCAGAGUGGUGUUAAAACCUAGGAGUUAGUCAAGAAGACUAUCCCACAUGUCAGAGAAAAUGGCCGUGGGAGUGAAGCCUCUGGACUCGGAAGGCUGUAGGUGUAGUAGCAAGGGCCCAGUCUUUGGAAUAGGACAGAAACAGAGCUGUGACGCUUUGGAGAACUUGCUUAACUUUACUAAGUCUCAGUUUCUCCAUCUACAACAAGGAGAUUCCUACCUUACAGCAUUGUUCUGAGGAUUCAAAAUAAUGUAUGUGAAGUUCUUAGCAUAUAGUUGGUGUCCAACAAAUGGUAGCUAGUAAAAAUGGGUAGCUUCCCUGCAAUAUUUCUCCCCCUCCUUCUCCAGAAACAUUAUUUUUAGUAUCUUGGGUCUGGUGGCUUCCAGUCUGAAUGAUCUCAGGUGAGUUUUCCAAAUCCUUGGAAUUUUUUCCUCAUCUUCCACUUCCCCUCAUGCCUUCCAGCUGGACAUAAACUCCUUCCUAAAAUAUGCAGAUGGAAGCUAUGGUAACCAUGGAGACAGGGCAGGUGGCAAGGAGAGGCAGAGACAGGCAGCAGAGAGACCGAUUAUGAUUGCGACAGAUAGGCAGAUAGAAGACUUAAGGAGCGAUUGGAUAGAGACCUUCAAGCAACAUGGAAAAAUAACGAGUCUAAGCAAGAACGAGUGUAAAUAGAUGCAAUAAGAAAGGGAGGUGUUAAAAGGUUCGCUCUUCUCUCUGCCCCUUUUCUCUCUUCCUCUCCCCCUCCAAGAAUAUGGGGAGGAAGGCAUCUGGGGAUGCCCCCUGGUGUAGCUAAAAACGACCCAGUAUAUCCACUCUCCUCAUACUUAUCUGAGGUCUGUACAAGGGACCUGAGGUUCAAGUUUAUCUGUGCCGUGUGUUCCGUUUGGGCGGAGGUGGAGUGAGGAUGUACCGCUGUGUCUGGCUCCAGCUCUCCCUGACAUGUAAACUACAAGGAGGCAGCCAGAUCUCUUGCUUCUCUCUGCGCAGUAUUGACUCCGGCUGUGGAUCCCAAUCGCCUCUCUCCAACUCUCUGCACACUGUGCCAUGUGCUGUGUGUGGCAGGUCAGAUCUGGCGCACAGGCGCGCAUAAACACACCUAGCGCGGAGAAUGGGGCUCUGCUCAACGAAGAACUGGGAUGGUCCCAGUCUGGGUCGCGGAGGAGUCUCCUAAGAAACAUUUAGGUUUGUUGGGGCUGAGAGGAGGUCGGCUAAGCAAGAGAAGUCAGGAUUGGAGCCUCUAGGUUUUGAGGCUUUAUGUGUGCAUGGGUGGGGGAACGGUUUGGUGCCCGACGCCCCCACCCGCAGAGACUAGGCUAUAAAUAGCAAGGCAGAGCUCCGCCCCCCCCCCAGCUUCUCUCCUCCCGAGCCGGCGCCUUGCCCGGGGCGCACCGGGAGGAGGGACCAGGAUCCGGUGCCCGGGCGCAGAUACACCAAGGGAAUACGGGUGCCCCUCCCCACGCCAUGUGGGCCCCCGGGAACCCAGCUCCGCCACCCAGGCUGCCCCAUGGCCCUGGCCUCACUCCUGGCCCGGCGGAGAUCCUGCGGACAUUCAGGUCCCAAAUGCAAGCUGCUUCCCUACCCCCACUCAAUUUUGGGGGAUGUGGCAACCUAAAAGAGGGAUCGGCUUCUCCACUGAGCCCUCGGGCCUCCGCCAGCCACCACCCCCACGCCCCUAGACAUCCUCGGCGGGCCCCAGUCCCGACUCCAUUGGUGCUCUCGCCCCUGCCGCAGCUAUGCUGCACACCGAGGGCCACGCUCUUCUUCGGGCCGUGGGUCAGGGUAAGCUACGCUUGGCCCGUUUGCUUCUGGAGGGAGGCGCCUACGUGAAUGAGGGUGAUGCCCAGGGGGAGACUGCGCUAAUGGCGGCCUGUCGGGCCCGUUACGACGACCCCCAGAAUAAGGCGCGCAUGGUACGCUACCUCCUGGAGCAAGGCGCGGACCCCAACAUCGCAGACCGCCUGGGGCGCACCGCGUUGAUGCACGCUUGCGCCGGGGGUGGGGGCGCCGCGGUGGCCUCGCUGCUCCUUGCCCACGGUGCAGACCCCUCCGUGCGAGAUCACGCGGGCGCCUCGGCGCUUGUCCACGCCCUGGACCGUGGGGACCGCGAGACCCUUGCCACGCUGCUGGACGCCUGUAAGGCGAAGGGCACGGAGGUCAUCAUCAUCACCACCGACACCUCGCCCUCGGGAACCAAGAAGACGCGGCAGUAUCUCAAUUCCCCACCGUCCCCGGGGGUAGAGGACCCUGCUCCCGCUCCUCCUAGCCCCGGGGUCUGCACGUCGCCUUCCGAAAUCCAACUGCAGACUGCAGGAGGAGGAGGACGAGGGUUGCUAUCUCCUCGCGCUCAGGAAGAAGAGGAGAAGCGGGACGUAUUCGAAUUCCCUCUUCCUAAGCCCCCUGAUGACCCCUCCCCUUCUGAGCCGCUCCCCAAACCACCCCGUCACCCUCCAAAACCACUCAAAAGGCUCAACUCCGAGCCCUGGGGCCUAGUGGCUCCUCCUCAACCGGUCCCACCCGCGGAAGGGAGGCUGGGGAUUGAGCGCCUGACCGCGGAAUUCAACGGCCUGACUCUGACCGGUCGACCCCGUCUUUCCAGACGUCACAGCACCGAAGGCCCGGAGGAUCCGCCCCCGUGGGCGGAGAAAGUGACGGGUGGGGGUCCUCUCUCUCGCCGAAACACCGCGCCAGAAGCUCAGGAGUCUGGUCCCCCUUCAGGGCUGAGGCAGAAACUGAGCCGCAUGGAGCCGGUGGAGCUCGAUACCCCCGGAAAUAUUUGCCCCGACUCGCCGGAGUGCAGCCGCUUGUCCCUGGAGCGCCGCCGAUACAGCGCCUCCCCGCUGACCCUCCCUCCAGCCGGCUCGGCUCCGUCCCCGCGCCAGUCCCAGGAGAGUCUGCCAGGGGCUGUAUCUCCGCUGAGCGGACGGAGGCGGAGUCCCGGGCUGCUGGAGCGGAGGGGCUCGGGGACGUUGCUCCUGGACCACAUCGCGCAAACGCGGCCUGGUUUCCUCCCUCCGCUCAACGUCAGCCCCCACCCUCCCAUCCCUGACAUUCGCCCCCAACCCGGAGGUCGAGCGCCUUCGCUGCCCGCCCCUCCCCAGGCGGGGGCGCCAGGCUCUCCCAGGACCAAGCGCAAGUUGGUGAGGCGCCACUCCAUGCAGACUGAGCAGAUCCGCCUGCUAGGGGGCUUCCAGAGUCUAGGCGGGCCAGGGGAGCCAGGGCGCUGAGAGGAGCGAGAGGAGCCAAGGAGGGUGGGGAUCAGGACCUUGAUGGGACAGGUGGGAGAACCAGUUCACACACACACCACGGACAUAGGGGUCUCUUGCAUGUGCUCCUGGGCACGGUGCACGCACACAUGGGUAAAAAAGUGUCCACAAGCACAGUACUGUCAUUCGCAGGGAAGGGUAAGUACUCUGUUUACUGGACAUAUAGACACAUGCAUUCAUGUCCUGGUCACUUCACAUGCAUAUUGGAAUACUUGUGUACCCAUCCACAGGAAUGGCACACACGGGGCCACUUGUGCUUGGGCCCCAAGUGGGUCCCAAAGUCACUUGCAUUUGUUCAGAAGCAGUAGGGAACCCCUACUUACGGAUAGUCUCCAAUCUCUUUGCCCUUUUGCAGAAGCAAUCCCCUGCUUUCCAUGUAUGCCCUACAACACAGCCCGUUCAUGACUCUGCACACUCUACCCUCUUCCUGGAUAUCCCAUCCCAUUGUGUAGGUCUUGCUUCUCUCUCCAGGCCUGGCUCCUUGUUCACACCCUGCUUCCAGCCCUAACCACUUUUCAGGAUAUCUUCUUCACCCUCCUUGGGGUUUUCCUGCAGCAACCCCAGCCUCAGUUCUGCUGCUGCCCUUCCUGCUCUCAGCUUUACUUCUCAACUUCCGGCUUUUUAUUCCCUCCUUGUUCCCCCAACCAAUACAGCAGGUUGUCUCAUUUUCCCAGGGAGUGGGUCAUGGGCUCUAUGCUGCUCUUCUGUCUGUCUGAGCUUAUGAACACCCCCACAGGUAGAAGUGGGGAGUAACCCUAAAUCACUCCUCUCUCCACUUGACAUAUCAAAUAAAUGUGU